AUGAUUGAAGGUAAAAUAACACAACUGUCUAAUUAUUGCAUAACUAAAAGCACUAAAAGCAUUAUUUCUCAAUAUCAAAACCAUUUUUCGGAUUCGUUUCAUCAAUGCUUUAUAUGGAGGAUAGAACAAAUAACAACGAAAACCUCAAUUUCUAAUGAUUUAACUUCAUCCUCGCUCUUUAGUUUUCAGGCGAAUGGUGAAGUUAGAGAUAAAAUUAGCCAUAAACUAGUUAAAUAUGUUGCAAAAUCUUCAAAUGAUCAAAUUUUUUUAAAAGUUUUUGAUCUUGUCAAGUUAAGAAUGUUUAAUGAAGCCAAGGCAGUAUUUAUGAAAAAUUUUUUACACGUCUUUUCAUUAGUCAAAUUCUUUCCUAAAGUACCUUGGCCUUUCAAUAUAAGAAGUUUUUGGGUUGGGCCAUACGGAAUUGACACAUUUCCUGAUGGUUUACAUGAUUUAAAAGAUAGUCAUAGAUUCCUUUACAAUAUAACUGAAGAUGAUCCUGCCAUUAUCACAAAAAUUAUAGUAAGACAUGGUAAUUUAAUUGAUUCUAUUCAAACUUAUUAUAAAGAAAAUAUAAAUGAUGAAAAUUCUAGAGCUGGAAAAAAGAUAGGUGGAACAGGUGGAACAGGUGGAAAUGAAUAUAUAAUUUCAGAUCUAGAUAAUGGAUCAAAAUAUAUCGUUGCAAUUAAUCUGAAAUUUAGUCGAAAACUACUUACUGUUAUAAAAUUUACUUUUAAUGAUGGAAUAACUUAUGGAUUAUAUUCAAUAACAGAUACUCUGCAAAUUGGCCCAUUUGGAAAUAAUAAUGAAUUUAGAUUAUCAGGAAUUAAUGGAGGUGGCGGAAGGAUUGAAAAUGAAGGAGUAUAUGUUGCUCAUAUAGCAUUUCAAUUUCAAUAUGUUGAUUCUCAGUAA